CAGUGUUACAGAAUAUCACUAACCAUGAACAAAAUGAAGAUGAAGCUGCCUGAGCGGAUCCUAAAUCACACCCUGGAGAUUCUCUACCUGCUGACGGGAGAGCGUGUGACUAACUCACUGACAGCGAGUCACAUGACCGCGGACAAGAUGGCAACAGAGAGGAUACUGACCCACACCCUGCAGAUCAUGUACCUGCUGACCGGGGAGGUGCCUAUAAAGUGUGAUGAUGUUGCUGUGUAUUUCUCUAUGGAGGAGUGGGAGUAUAUAGAGGGACACAAGGAGCUUUACAAGGACAUCAUGAUGGAGACUCACCAAGCACUAAGGACUAUGGAGAUCCCAGGAAAUGAGAGCUCAGAACUUACAGGUCACAGAGAUGAAAAUCUAGACACAGGGGCACAAGGAGAACUUGUACAGAAUAUUCAGCCAGUGGAGACCCCAUCAGACGUCUCUGCAGAACUAAAAGGACACAGUGAUCAAAAUCUAGACACAGGAUCUGCAAACCUUGUACAGAGUAUUCAGCCAUCAGAUGUCUCUGCAGAUGACAUUAAUACUGACGUAGAUGUUAAAACAGAAGAUCUGAGUGUAACGUGUCAGCUGGAAGCUCCAAUGCAGGAAAUGUGUGACAGUGACAAUGCAGGUGAAAACGAUGCUAACAUUUUAUGUAACACAGAACAAACCGAAGAUCAGGGGCCAGCAAAUAAGCCAGACGCUGCAAAGCAGGAAAUAUGUGACAAUAUCAGUACAGGUGAAUUCACAAACUGCAAUAAUCCUAGUCAUGAACAGAGUGCAGAUGCUUCUUUACAUCUUCAAAAUCAACGCCAUGUGGGAAAUGUAUGUUCUGAAUGUGGGACAUGUUUUCUUAAGAAAUCACAUCUUUAUAGACAUCUAAAAAUUCAUACAGGAGAAAGGCCAUUUCCCUGUUCUAUAUGUGGGAAAUGUUUCAACCAUAAAAGGAAUCUUGUUGUUCAUCAAAAAAUUCAUACAGGAGAAAAGCCAUUUUCCUGUUCUAUAUGUGAGAAAUGUUUUAGCACUAAAGCAAAUCUUGUUGCUCAUCAGAGAAUUCAUACAGGCGAAAAAGCAUUUUCAUGUUCUGACUGUGGGAAAUGUUUUACUUUGAAAUCAACUCUUAUUACGCAUCAGAAAACUCAUACAGGGGAGAAAGUAUUUUUAUGUUCUGACUGUGGGAAAUGUUUCACUCUGAAAUCAACUCUUAUUAGGCAUCAGAAAAUUCAUAUUAAAAGAAAUCAGAUUAACCUAAGUGCAGAGGGUGACACAUAGUUGUCACCCACACAAUAUCAAGUGCUGGUGAUGACUGCAUGUGACCCCCUGAGGCGCACAGUUUUGAAGUUGUUUAAGGCUCCUUUUGCACUUCAAGCGUUUAUGAAGUGAGUCCAAGGUGGAUUUGAUUUAAAUCAAUUUGAUUUAAUUCACUAGUCAGUAAGACUGAUUUAAAUUAUGGUUUUCAUUUUUAGAAUAAUAUGUUUUCAGGUUAUGUUUUCCAGUUAUAUCAGACCAUUAAUGAAUUGGUUAUAUAUCAUAGAUAUGCAUUGAUAGAUCACUGAAAUUAAUGAAAUAAUUUGGAAGUGAAAUAUCUCCAGUUUAAUUGGUUAAUCAUUCAUAUUUGAUCAACAUUUUACUUGUUCUUUAUUGGAAGGAGAAAAAUGAUUACAUUCAUAAUAACAAUCCAAAUAGUUUUAUUUAACUAAAACAAUUACAUUAUUUUUCAUUUGUAAUGCUUGCCCCUCCCUUCUCACACUUAGGUCCUUGUGCAGAUUUAUUCCACUCCAAACAAUCUACUAUUCAGUGAGCUUCUUGAAACUUAGAAUUGAUUGAUUAAGUGUACAUAGAUUUGCAGGGGAACAAUGGAAUUAAAGGAAAGGAAAGUCAAAAUUAAACUUUCAUGAUUCAGAAAGAACUUGCAAUUUUUUCUUCCAAUUUGCUUUGUUCUCUUGGUAUCCAUUGUUGAAAAGCCUUCAUAGGCAGACUCAUUCAGAUGUAAUGCACUACUGUGAGCUAGCUGCUUGUUUCUGUCUCACCCUUUGUAUUCAGCUAGGCCCCAGUAGAGCAUUGCUGUCCUUUGACAAAUAAUUCAAAGAGAAUAAAGCAAAUCUGAUUAUAGAUGUAAAUCUGAAAAGUGUGUGCUCUAUCUAAAAUCCAAAAGUUAUCUUUCAUGAUUAUGUCCCUUUAUGGUCAAUUUAUCAACUUUGUAUGCUGAUUUUAUAACAUUUUGUUGUGAAGGGGCAUACUAUUUCUACAGACACAAAUUCACAGUUUUGAGAACUAAAAAAAUAAUAAUAUGUGAUAUCUUCAAUAUUGAAAAAUAGUCCAAAAUAAUCUGACAGAAACCUUUGAGAGAGCAUGACAUUAGAGCCAUGAAUAUACAGCAUCUUUAUUUCAGAAUGAAUUACCUUUAGAUUAUAAUGUAUCAAAUAGAAACGAUCUUUAUAUAGAUUUUUCCUCAAAAAAGCAUUUUAUUUUUUAGUUUUUUUUUUUUUUUAAAUCCUAUUUAAAUUAAAUUAAAAAAAAAUCAUAUUUAAAAAAAAAUAAUAUAUAUGUAUAUAAUCAAUACAAAUUUAUGCAUAGAAAAUCUAGGCAAGUUCCCCGCUUAUGUUUUCCCCAGUUAAACUCCACAUACAUUGUUACCAAUGCACCAAAGGGUUCUGGGUAAUAUAUGCAAAAUCUAAUUUUUUUUGCUUCAAAUACUGUUUUAACACAGCGAUCCCUUAACAGGACUAUUGCAGAAUUGUGUCUCACUGUAUUGUUUACAACCUUGUUUAUUUAAAUUGAAAUACAAUUGGGGGGGCGUGUCCUACCACCAACCGAGAUGGCUGCUUAAUAGUUUCAGCUGAGCACAGGAGCCGAUAAAACCGCUGUUUGACACUCAAUACUCUACGACCCAAGCCUUUAUUAGGUGAUCUAACAAAGAUGAAUAUCUGUGGAAAACGCCUGUGCAACUUUUAUAUAAAGAUUCAGCUCAGCAGACCUGCAAUAAUGAGGUACACAGCGGAGGCCUAGUAACUGCCUGGAUCUUGAUUUAUCCCCCCAGCUUCCCUAAUAUAUCAGGCUAACCAGCUGUAUAUGCUGCAGAACUAUAUCAUUUAGUAUAUCUUUGAGCUACAUCAAUCACUGUCAUUAUAUAAACGCAAGAUAUCUCUCAUGGUAUCAAGAUAAAAUCAUACUUAGACCCUGAUUCCUAUAUCUCAGGCAGUACUCUAGAGUUUGCAGUCUGAAUUCCUCCUGAGCUUGUACAUGAUAGCUAAGAUCAAUGUAAUAUUCACAGCUCUGAGCACCAGUGUAGCAGCACAGUUCAAAACCCUCAGCAGAGAGAUAGAGGCAAUGUUCGUCCCCAAAUUCGCUGCCCAUGUGGCUGUUCACAUACACUGCCAGAAACUUGACUGCUGAACGGCUCAGAGAGCUUAGAAACAGAAAAUCCUAUUUGGACUGAGCAAACAGACAAUCUCCUUAUUUCAAGGUACACUGGAACCGGAGGUUUCCUUUCUGACACUACCCAGCAGAUCCGCUGCAUAUACCUAACUCUGCAGCUACACUGGCAAUGGUUAUACCCAAACAAUAUAAAAUGACCGCCCAAGAGAUCAGCAUGCAGUGUAUGCCUCAUUCUUCCAUACAAACUACUAAUUUAUUAAUGCCAUUACCAGAACCAGGGAGCUAAUAACAGAAGAGUAAUAUGUGGUUCGCCUGUGAUGCGUUUUGUAAGCCUACCCGGUAAUGUUUCAACUUUACAAGAGACAUACGAUGCUAGACUCAAACGUGGAGGUACCCUGAGGGGCUGUUCUGCCCAGCUUCUAGUUUGGUCCGGUGUGAGCUAGCUAUAGAAUACAGUUAUGGGUUAUAUCCAGUUAUAUCAGGACGUUUUUCUUUCUCUCUGAUAUAUUAUUUGCUACUACAUUUUUAUUGUUGAGUAUUUAUUAUUGUACUGUAUCUAUUUGUGAGAAUUUAAUUUAAUUGGAGCGCAUAUUUUUCCUUUUUGUAAUAUUUAGGAUUGUCAAGCUGGAUAUAACUUAUGAGCUUUCAGCGGCCAAGGCAGCAGAAUAUAUAUACACAAUUUAUGACAACUUAUGCUUGAUCAUUGGAGUAUUAUUGAUCCUUUUUCCUUAAAAUAUAGACCUAAUCAGAAGUAGAUAUAUUAUAUCACCUCUAGGAAGCCACUAUUUCUUUCUACCAGGCAGAAUAAAACAAGCUUUAGUAGAGGCAGUUACUUCAACAUAUCUCACCUGAGAUGGUUAAUUCACUACACUCAAAUGCAGCCCCCCUAAAUGCUGUAAUUUAUUCACUACCCACUGCAAUAUACCUUAUAUGGCGGAUCUUAUAUCCUGUGUACCUCAUAUGGAAGAUCAUUAGAGUGUAGAAUACUCCUGAGUUAUAGAUACCAUGAGAAAACUUAUAUGGUCUGUUCUGAUCAUUUAUGUGCUCAAUAUUUGUUAUGACUAAAUAAUAUUCAUUUCUGUAUACUCCUAGUCCAAUCAGAAUAUUGUCUUCUGUCUACAUAUAGAUAUAUACAUUGUUUAUAAGAAGAGACAAUAACUUUAAGUAUCUUAUAUGCUGCUAAAAUACAAGUAAAGAUUCCCUAAAAUGUGGAAAAGAGGUUCUUAUAAUGAGAUCCAAGAGUGGUCUCCUUAGCCUAUUGUACUUAUUUGUAUUUAUGUUUUGAUAUGUGGGGUCCAAGAGUGACCUCUAAAGUCUAUUUUGGAAGGCUUCCAUACUGAGAGGCAUUCUAUUUUAACGGUGUUAACUACAUUUACAGAACAGGUUUGCACUGCACGAAAUGUGUCCAUACCUAUAUCAUUAUUGCAUUAGACUGUGGUGUAUAUUACAUUUUCAGUGUUGUAUAUUAUGAUUAUCUUUCUAUAUCUGAAGACUAUCUGUAUGCCUAAAAUAAUAACCUCAAUAAAAAUAUAUUUAACCCCUUAA